UAAAUAGGCGCCUCAGCUCCUGGCCGGAGUUGAGUUGAAAAGUAUGGGGUUGAAGUCUCUCCGUGCGGGCAUGAUCCCCUGGUGUUGGCACUUGGUUGGCGCGGCGCCCUCCACCCGCACAAGCCCCACCCCAGCGCCGGAUGCUGCCGGUGUUCGCAUCGUCGCCUGCGAUGGCCGAGUGAAGGUAUACGACCGCCCGGUCACGGCAGCUGAGGUGAUGGAGGACCACCCUCGCCACCUCGUGUGCCGCUCCGACGCCUUCUUCAUCGGGCAAAAGGUACCGUCUUUGGCUGCCGGCGUGUGGCUCCAGCCGGGGCAGUCCUACUUCCUGCUCCCCUCCCAUUUCUUCCACUCCGUUCUCUCCUUCGUCACUCUCGCCGCCUCCCUCGUCAGUCCCGGCGGCGCCAAGGGCAUCGCGGCAGUCCGGCCGUUUGACAUCCGGAAGACGGCGUCGGGAGCGCUCCAGAUCAUGCUCUCCGACGAGUUCCUCGGAGAAAAAGAGUGCGACCGGGAACAGAGGCGAGGCGGAGUCGUGACGACGGAUGCACUGGAGAAGGAGUACAGGAUGUUGGUGAGGUGCAAGUCCAGGCAGUGGACGCCGAAGCUGGAGACGAUAAGCGAAUCAGAGAGGAGGUCGAGGAGAGGAAUCGAACAGUUCAAAAGGAGGCGGAAGAAGAAGGAAGGAGAGCCAUUGAUUAGCUAGAAAAAUCUUCAUUAUAUUUCUGGCCAUGUUGUUCAAAUUCAGCUUCUACUUUUUCUCUUUUUGUUUGUUCUUGUUCCAAAAGAUUUGUCGUGUGAA